AUGGCGGCAGACUACGAGACCAACGUCUGGGCCUUCUACCGUUAUGAACCCUCCAUGGUUGCGGCAGUCAUCUUCAUAUUGCUCUUCUCCGUGAGCACGUCCCUCCAUAUGUACCAAUUGAUACGCACGCGGACGUUGUACUUCAUCCCGUUCCUCAUCGGCGGCUUCCUCGAAAGUAUUGGCUACGUUGGGCGGGCUCUCUCAAGCACCCAGACGCCAGAUUGGACACUCAGCCCGUACAUUAUGCAGGCGAUGGCGCUUCUCAUAGCUCCGGCGCUGUUCGCGGCAUCCAUCUACAUGAGUCUUGGGCGGAUCAUCCUGCUUGUGGAUGGCGAAGCACACUCGAUCAUCAGGAAGAAAUGGCUCACCAAGGUAUUCGUGACCGGCGAUGUGCUAUCCUUCUGCAUGCAAUCUGCUGGUGGUGGAAUAAUGGCUGCCGGUACCCUGGAUGCGAUGGAAAGGGGCGAGAAGAUCGUCAUUGGCGGCCUCUUCUUGCAGAUCAUCUUCUUCGGCUUCUUCGUGGUCACGACAGUGAUCUUCCAUUACCGGCUGAACAAAGUACCGACUACGCGAUCCAAGGAGACGGACGUUCCCUGGCGCCAACACAUGCUCGCUCUGUACGGGACCAGCUUCCUGAUUCUGUUCAGGUCGAUCUUCCGGGUUGUCGAAUACCUGCAAGGCAAUGAUGGCUAUCUGCUGCGGAAGGAAGUGUUCCUCUACAUUUUUGACGCCAUUCCGAUGCUGGUGGUCAUGCUCUGGUUCAAUUGGGUCCACCCCAGUCAGAUCAAAGCGGCGUUGAGGGGCGGGAAAUGGAUCAAUGCUGGCUAUCGACUUCAAGACAUGGAGAUGCUCAGAUGA